AAGAAUGGCGACUGCUAUGGAGCAUGACACCCUAGAAAGCAGUGUGCAAAAUAUCCUUGAACAGAAAACGCUGAGAUGGAUAUUUGUCGGAGGAAAAGGUGGCGUGGGAAAGACAACAUGCAGCUGUAGCCUUGCAGUACAGUUGUCCAAAAUCAGAGAGAGUGUUCUAGUCAUAUCCACAGAUCCAGCUCACAACAUAUCAGAUGCUUUUGACCAGAAAUUCUCUAAGGUGCCAACAAAAGUUAAAGGAUUCACUAACCUGUUUGCUAUGGAAAUUGACCCAAAUGUUGGUAUGGCAGAUUUACCAGAUGACUACUUUGAAGGACAACAAGCUUCACUCAGUGAGAGGAGUUUAAUUUCAGAUGUGUUGGCAGUUGGCAAAGGUGUCAUUCAGGAGCUGUUAGGUGCUUUUCCUGGUAUAGAUGAAGCCAUGAGCUAUGCUGAAGUUAUGAGGUUGGUUCAAAGUAUGAAUUUUUCUGUGGUGAUAUUUGAUACGGCUCCUACAGGACACACACUGCGUCUGUUAUCCUUUCCCUCUAUGGUGGAGAAGGGGCUGGGAAAACUUCUUAAGAUAAAAAGCCAGUUUGCACCCUUUAUCUCACAGAUGGCAGGUGUGAUGGGCAUGCAGGAUAUGAAUGCAGAACAGAUGACCACAAGACUAGAAGAGACACUACCCAUCAUAAAACAAGUUAAUGAACAGUUUAGGAAUCCAGACCAAACUACAUUUGUGUGUGUGUGUAUAGCUGAAUUCCUAUCACUGUAUGAAACAGAGAGGCUAGUUCAAGAACUUACUAAAAUGAACAUUGACACUCAUAACAUAGUUGUCAACCAGCUAAUGUUCCUCCCCAAAAAUGAAAAACCCUGCAAAAUGUGUGCUGCCAGACAUCGGAUACAAUCCAAGUAUCUGGAUCAGAUUGAAGACUUGUAUGAGGACUUUAAUGUUACCAAACUUCCAUUACUGGAACAUGAAGUGAGGGGUGCUGAUGAUAUUCGCCAGUUUUCUGAACAUCUAGUGAAACCAUACAGUGUAUGAUAAGUGUGGAGUUAAAUUGUGGUAAACCUCAACUACUAGUCAUGGAAGUUGCAACUUGCAAUCUUAGCUGUGCUUUGGACAAGCAUGAUUAUUACAAAAGAUAAUUAUUUAAAAUGGAGAAAAUAAAACCAUCUCGGUGACACGCCAUCAUAACAUGCACAAAAGAGAGCCAUAAAGUGAAAAGGGAGAAAUACAAACCAACUUCUGGUGAUGAUUUUGAUGAAAAUCAGUCAACUUGUGGCAAUUCUGUAUUAAGUGAGGUAAUUUUAACUGAUUUAACAAUCGAUGCCAUAGCAAUGCCUUAGGGAUAUUCAGGUUGGUGCACUAUUUUCAUGGUACACCCUGUAACAUGAAAAUCUGACUCCCAUGAAAAUCUGACUCCCCCAGUCAAAAUGUCAUAAUGCCCCUGCCACACUCGAAUGUUUUUGUCAUGUCAAAAACUUUCGAAGUGCAUUCCAAGAGGAAAUUUAUCGCAAUAUCCCUACAGUAUUCCAACUACAUUCAAGCUGCAUUUGAGAGGUAAUAUACCUGGAAUGUGCAAGAAUCAUUCCAGGCGGGUUCAAUGUGCAUUCUUAGUAUUCCAGAGGCAUUCUUACAAAGCAGUAAUAUUUUAUGAUAAUUUGAAAUUCCCUCCCGAAUAUGGAACGAAUUUUUUAAUUUAGUAAUUGCGGCUUGAUUCCUACUGAUUUAGAAUAAGUUUGACGGGGGCCUUAAGUCACUUGUCAGUUCGAAUAUUCCUCUAAUGUGAUCAGAAUGUUGCGAAUGCUGUCAGAAUGCCGUGAGAAUAUUUGGAAUGCAGUCAUAGUGCAGUAAGA